AUAUUCAUAUCUAUCUAGACAUGUCUAUAUAUAUUUGUGUGUUCAUUUCCCCCCUGUAAUAUUUGCAAGCCAUAUAUAUCUAUCUAGACAUGUCUAUAGAUAUUUGUGUGUUCAUUUUCCCCCUGUAAUAUUUGCAAGCCCUAUACAUAGGUAGGUAAGAAUAUAUUCAUAUCUAUCCAGACAUCUCUCUUUAUAUAGAUAUUUGCAGAGACUUGCAAACAUAUGAGGAUAAAUUCAUAUAUAAAAAUAAUAUGUAUGUAUGGCUACAGAUACACAGGUACAUGGAUCUAUAUGUAUAAAGCAGGGGUCCCCAAACUAAGGCCCGGGGGCCGGAUGCGGCCCUCCAAGGUCAUUUACCUGGCCCCCGCCCUGAGUUUUAUAAUAUAAUAUUUUAUAUCAGUUUUAAUAAUAUAAUAUAUAGUAUAUACAUAUAAUAUUUUAAAAUAUCAUAAUGUUAUACAAUAUAAUACUAAUAAUAAUACCAUAUAAUAAUAUAAUUAUAUGUUAUAUAUUACAUAUAAUAUUACAGUAUAGUGGUAUAAUUCAAUAUAGUAAUAUAUAAUAUUAAUAUUGUGCUAUGCUAAUAAUAUAAUAUAUUCUAUGUACAUACAGCUGCUCUGAGUCCCCUUCGGGGUGAGAAGGGUGGGAUAUAAAUGUAGUAAAUAAAUGUAGUAAAUAAAUAAAUAAAUAAAUAAUUUAGGCUCGCCCAAAGUCUGAAAUGAUUUGAAGGCACACAACAACAACAACAAUCCGAAUUAACUUGACUAUCUCAUUGGCCAGUAGCAGGCCCACACUUUCCAUUGAAAUCCUGAUAGGUUUAUGUUGGUUAAAAUUGUUUUCAUUUUUAAAUAUUGUAUUGUUCUUUAAUUGUUGUUGUUGUAUUGCACUACAAAUAAGACAUGAAGUGUUCAUAGGAAUUUGUUUGUAUUUUUUUUUCAAAUGAUAAUUCGGCCCCUCAACAGUCUGAAGGACUGUGGACCGGCCCUCUGCUUUAAAAGUUUGAAGACCCCUGGUAUAAAGGAUUUGCAAAGACCUGCAAACAUAUGAGGGCAAAUUCAUAUAUAAGAUUAAUGUAUAUAGAUAGAUACACAUAUAAAGGUACUUAGAGAUGGCAAAAGCUUGCAAAGGGUUAAUGCCUAUAUAUCUGUAGGAGAGUUUAACAAAUAUUUCAGGAGAAAAUGCUUUCAUAAGAUUAAUGAAUAUAUAUUUUUCUUCUUCCUGACUUGCAAGGAUGUCUUUCUCUUUUCAAAACAUUCCCUUGAUUAAGAGCGAGGGAGGCUUUGCAAAAGUAAACACACUGAUAAGGGAGAAGAAGAGAGAAAUAGAUCACAUAUUGCAAGCAAUAGCCUGCAGGCUCUGUUGCCGGGGGAGGCUUUUUCAGCUCAUAAAUAAGGGCUGAAAAACUCGGCUUAUCUUCCGAGUAUAUACGGUAUAUAUUUCAUGUCAUAUAACAUCUAUUAAAUACCACCACUUCCUCGUUACAUGUUUUUUCAAAACCAGCAGACUACGCCACAGCAACACGUGGCUGGGCACAGCUCGUUCUUUUCGGAGUGAAUUUGUGACCCUAUUCUUCUACAUCAAGUUCGGACCAAAACCCGGAGCGGAUUUGCCCCACCGACCUGCAGUUCCCUCUUUUUGUUCCUUUCUCUUUGUCAAGGCCUCACGCCCAGCUUUAUGAAUAUUAAUGCACCGUCGUCCCUCUCUCCCCCCCCCCCCCCCCCGGAGAUAUCAUCCUGGCCUUAUCUCUUCCCCGCCUGCCUUGGUUUUGAAUUGCUCCCCUUGUUUCCUUAAUGCAUGUUUUCCUCCUGCGAGGCGCCUGCCUCUUGUUUGCCUUUGCAAAUGGGGAACAGGGCUAAGUCAAUACGGCAGGAUUGGGUUUGUAAAUAAUACCGAGGAGAUUACUAGGAGGGGGAAGGAAGGCGGGAUAGAGUCCUACCAACUUCGUUUUCAUUCCUUCUGAGACGAAACCCAGCCUGCAUUUGCUCCCGGCGCUGCAGGAUGAUGGAUUUUAGAGUCCAAAUGGCAGGGCUGAAGGCAGAGACGCUUCUUGCCACGUUAUUUAAGGUUGAAUAAGUUGCAUAACACAAUCUUAAUCACAGUUUAAAUACUGCAGUCCUGUUCGAAGAAUAAUAAUAAUAACAACAACAACCCUAGACACUUGGGAAGUGUCUGAUGUGUGAUUCAAUACAACAGCCAGCAGAGUGUCUGCUGUGGACUCAUCUUGUGUUUCAAAUAAUAAUAAUAAUAACAAGCAGUCAAAGAAGAACAUGCCCUGAGAAUAUGUAAAGCAAAGUGAAGAACCUGCUUUGAUUGAAGUCAAAAAUCAGAAACUCCUCAAAGCACAGCAGACAAAGAAUCAGUACAAGAAAACCACACUACAAACUAGAGCAGAAUCAGUACAAGAAAACCGCACUACAAACUAGAGCAGAAUCAGUACAAGAAAACCGCACUACAAACUAGAGCAGAAUCAGUACAAGAAAACCGCACUACAAACUAGAGCAGAAUCAGUACAAGAAAACCGCACUACAAACUAGAGCAGAAUCAGUACAAGAAAACCGCACUACAAACUAGAGCAGAAUCAGUACAAGAAAUCCGCACUACAAACCAGAGCAGAAUCAGUACAAGAAAACCGCACUACAAACUAGAGCAGAAUCAGUACAAGAAAACCGCACUACAAACUAGAGCAGAAUCAGUACAAGAAAACCGCACUACAAACUAGAGCAGAAUCAGUACAAGAAAACCGCACUACAAACUAGAGCAGAAUCAGUACAAGAAAACCGCACUACAAACUAGAGCUGACAGCUGGCACAACAAAACACUGCAUGGAAUGUUCCUUGACAAAAUUGAAGGAAAAGCUGAUAAGGAGAAGACCUGGCUCUGGCUCACAAAUGGGACCCUGAAGAAGGAGACAGAAGGCCUGAUCCUUGCAGCCCAGGAGCAAGACAUCAGGACAAAGGCAAUCAAGGCCAAGAUCGAAAAAUCAGCUGAUGACCCAAAAUGCAGACUGUGCAAGGAAACCGACGAAACCAUUGAUCAUAUCCUCAGCUGCUGUAAGAAAAUCGCACAGACAGACUACAAACAGAGGCACAACUAUGUGGCCCAAAUGAUUCAUUGGAACUUAUGCCUCAAGUACCACCUUCCAGCAGCAAAGAACUGGUGGGAUCACAAAGAUAAUGGAAAAUGAGCACGCAAAGAUACUGUGGGACUUCCGAAUCCAGACUGACAAAGUUCUGGAACACAACACACCAGACAUCACAGUUGUGGAAAAGAAAAAGGUUUGGAUCAUUGAUGUCGCCAUCCCAGGUGACAGUCGCAUUGACGAAAAACAACAGGAAAAACUCAGCCGCUAUCAGGACCUCAAGAUGGAACUUCAAAGACUCUGGCAGAAACCAGUGCAGGUGGUCCCAGUGGUGAUGGGCACACUGGGUGCCAUGCCAAAAGAUCUCAGCCAGCAUAUGGAAACAAUAGACAUUGACAAAAUCACGAUCUGCCAACUGCAAAAGGCCACCCGACUGGGAUCUGCAGCAUCAUCCAAAAAUACAUCACACAGUCCUAGACACUUGGGAAGUGUUCGACUUGUGGUUUUGUGAUACGAAAUCCAGCAUAUCUAUCUUGUUCGCUGUGUCAUAAAAUAAUAAUAAUAAUAAUAAUAAUAAUAAUAAUAAUAAUAAUAAUAAUACAGUCCUAGACACUUGGGAAGUGUUCGACUUGUGGUUUUGUGAUACGAAAUCCAGCAUAUCUAUGUUGUUUGCUGUGUCAUAAUAAAAUAAUAAUAAUAAAAAUAAACAACUUUAUUUCUAGACCGCCCUGUCUCUCACUUUCUACCCCGCCUUCUCCUUGCAAGAUGCUCCUGCAACCGGAAGGUGAGCUUCCUUGGCAUCCAAGCAGGUGACUCCGCAGGAACCGGUUUGUCCAGACCAAGGGGAGGAGGAGGAGCAGGGUGUCCUCUUCUUCCUCCGAAACCGGUCCUCCUCCCAGAGUUUCGCCUCCGAAGCCGAGAAGGAAGGAAGGCAGGAGACGAUGGAGACCUUGCGGAGAGGCCUCUCCCGCUGGAAGAGGUACCGCAUCAAGGUGCACUUGGCCGAGGAGGACCUGCUGCUCCCGCUGACCGUCCGGCCCACCGACACCGUCAUGGACCUCCGGGCCCUCUUGGUCCGGCAGGGCGUCACCUCCUGGAAGAAGGCCUUCCACUACAACGCCCGGCUCCUGGGCGAAGACGAGACCAUCAAGGAGGCCAAGAUCCAGGACGGCUCCGUCGUGCUGCUCAUCGCCGAUCAAAGGUGAAUCUUGCCGGGAGAGUUUGAGGAAACUACGCUGCAUGGUGCUGUUGUACCACUGAGAGAGGAAGAUUGCCGAACGGGCAGGAGGGAGCCCAAGAUCUGGGACAAGGAAGAGAUGAUGAUGACGACGACAGUGAUGAAGAAGAUGACAACAGAGGAGUCCCCAACUAUCUUUUGGUGCCAAUGUCCGUCAUCAUCCAUGGAUUGGAAACACAACUGAUGUGAUCGGGCACAAGGAAGCUUUAUUGUUUACGACUGCAGCAUAACAAAACCGUGCACCUCUUUGCUGGGAGGGCGAGGAACAGGUCGGGGCAGAGCAGGGCGGUUUCGAAAGAGGAAAUUCAAGCUCAUGGGGCCGAGUAGGAGGAGGAGAGUUUCUGUCUCCUCCAGAAAGGGAGAAACCGGGUUUCCCGCAAAAAACAAAGCCAGGGAAGUACGUGAUCGCAAAAAGCCAACAUGGGUUUCUCGAAAACAA